ACGACGAAUCAUUCUUUGAUAUGCAUUUCCUUCGCACGUUUUCCCUUAUCCUUUGUUCUGUUUGAAUUUCGUCUAAAUCGUGACUGGCAAGCGCAUUGUUCGUUCAUUAUCAUGAGCUGCACACGGUGCGCUACGUUGUCAAGAUGACGUAAGGUUGAUUUCGCUGGUUAAUUUCGUUACGUUUACAUUUCUGACUAAACAAGAUUAUGCACGACGAACUAGCAGAAAUCAUCAGCCUUCUUGUUCAUACCUAACCCUAUUCGUUGUACGUCAUUCGCUGUCAAAGCUAAGUAGAGUCACGAUUGAAUUCUCAGUCUCCCCCUCUCGUCUCCCUUUCCCAUUAGCCGAUAUACAGUCAGCAUAUUCAUCGAGUUGGAGCGCAUAUGUUUAUUUCUUUUAUAUGUAUCGGAUUUAUUCUCAUGUCCUCAAAUUUUUUUCAAUAAAGCAUACAUUUUUUUUCUUUAAAUUAUGUUUGUAUUAAAUGUCACGUUUCGGUUGCCGUUUAAUGUCGUAUAACGUACGUGUUUGCGUUUAUUGCAAACGUUUUGUACUCCAAUUAGAAAGCCCAUUCACAGGAUCAUCAGUCACAUCUUACAUAAGAUUAACUAAUCCAUCGAAUCACAAAGUUUAUUUUAAAAUAAAGACAACUGCUCCAAAAAGGUAUUGUGUACGUCCUAAUUGUGGUGCGGUUAAACCAAAGGGAGUCACUCAAAUAGCUGUGACUCUUCAACCAUUUGAUUUUGAUCCAGCAGAAAAGAAUAAACAUAAAUUUAUGGUACAAGCUUUAAUAGCUCCAAAAGAUGAUGACGAUGAAGACUUUUCCGAUGUGUGGAAAGAUACACACCCAGAUUUAUUAAUGGAAUCUAAAUUAAAAUGUGUAUUUGAAAAUCCUGUAACUAAUACAACAACUGCUAAAACUACUUCAACAACUACCGCAACAAUGAAUAAAACAGAAGUAACUUCAACUAAUGGUAAAAACAAGGGAGUUGGUGAUUCUGUUAAGUUAUCGCCAAAGAUUUUGGGAGAAACAGAAGAGAAAUUAAUAAAAGCUGCACAGGAAGUUAAUUUGCUUAGGGUAGAAGAGAGCACUCUUAGGCAGGAAAAUCUUCAGUUGAAGGAGGAUUUAUUGAAAUUACAAAACGCGACAUUGGGUAACGACGGUACUUUAAUAGCAGGUAGAGCUAUGAGCCCCUUUGUGCCCUCACAAAGCAGUAGCCAAUUGCCAUCAAUUCCUCUCAGCGUUCUUAUUGCUAUUGUCAUGGCCAUAAUAGGAUAUGUGCUGGGAAAAAUGAUCUGAGCAGCCAUUACUUUAUCGCAUAACUUGGCACAUCCCUUCUUCCCCUGUGUUCCUUAGCCUGCCCCUGCUACCAUAUACCACGUACUGAUCGUAAAGAUCGAAACCAGUCAUUGUAUUACACGGUUGUUCAUAAUAAAUAUUAUAAACAUGAACGGGUAGUGGUUUACAAUAAUAGGAGUUAUCAGCUGCAGGAGUGUACUUAUAUUUUGGUAAAGCGACCGGAAUCGAAAUCCUCUUUUAAGAAAUAAAGCGCUUUGCUCGGACGUGGUGAUUGUUGGAGUAUAGGCGCAACACAUUACGACAUAUUUCGUUGUUAUCGCGUAUCCGAAAAAUACUGUUAGUUUAAAUAGGAAAUUAUAAAUAAAACAUGAAAUAUUAUAUACUCACGUUUAUAAAUAGCUUCUGUUUCUAUGUAUUUCUUAUGAAAGGAUUUUCGCUUUACAUAUUCGCUUACAAUUGUAUCAUUGAAACCAUGUUGUCACGAAGUAAAUUAUGUAUAGUAUACAAAGUUCUAUUAAAAUACAAUUCUUUUAAAGGAACAUACUCGAUCAAAAAAGAAAGUAAUCUCAGUUGUCUUGAGAAUUGUUGGAUACUCGUAUGAAACAUUCGAAUCUGUUUUUUUUUCCUUUUUUUUUUAAACGUUCUUAACGGUACUUAACAAUCACAAGAUGUAAGAUUGUACAUAAUGUAUCCAUUUUAAAAUAAUAUAUUAAUGUCUAACAUAAUAGUCAGGAGGGGAAGGGGGGCUGGCUGAUUUGGUAGUGGUCUAUGACUCAGAAAUUGGAUACGCUGGCUUUAUCCAUCAGUAAUGGUAUAUCACUUAAGGAGUUAAUGCAUUAAUGUUUUUGAUGCUUCAGUGUAUUUUUAUUUCUUUAUGUUUGUCUUAUAAAAAUUCGAAAUAAAGAUAUCUCGGAUGUCACAUGGCGAAGGUUUUGUAUUUUGUACCUUUCUGUCGGUCAUUGGUAAUUCGAUUAUUUAGAAGUGGGUGCAUGGUAUAACUCGAACGUGGGGUUUGAAAUUUUUCUUGUAACGAAGCUAUACAAAUUUAUAUAUACAUAUAGGCAUAUUGAUAAGCAGUUCGUAGAAUCUACAGUGUAGAUUGUCACUUCAUGAUUAAUAUUCAGCACGUCACAGUUAUUACACGUGUACGUAUGUAUGUAUACUAUACAUACACGCACAUACAUAUGUACACAUUCAUUCCUGUGAUUUAGAAGUAGAGACAAAAAAUGUAACUUAAUCGUGUUUCACUGACGUUUCAUUAUUCUAAUACUUCUUCAUUCUAUAUACCCCUAACGCCUUCAGAUAAUAAAGAAUGAAUUAUUGUAGCAUAAAGGUGUGAACUAUUAUUGAACUAUCGAGUGUAAAGAUGUAAACGUUUCACGUUUACAAAUUAUAUAAUAUUGUUUCUAUAUCAUGCAUACUCAUAUACACGUUAAUAUCUGAAUAAUCAUAUUUUGUAAUGUACAUCCGUCAUUCUCCGAGUUUCUGAUCAAAAUACUUCCAAUUCACGUGAAAAAUUAAUUUCAUAAAUAUUCAUAAGUAUUUGAAGAAAACCAGUUAUCAGUAACUUGUAGAAUGAUGGCGAUAUGGGCAACGCGAAACUUACAUAACGAUUUCUUUUAUUCUUGAUUAAAAUUAUCAGGACAUUUCAUCGUUUUACAUAUCUUGACCGAAUAAAAAGCGCAAUCAUUUCUUUCUAUCGCGCGUUUUUAACAUAAAUAACGAAUAAUUGUUCAAUUAUAUGCCUAAGGUGCAGUAAUGUUGCUUUCCAGUGUGGUUACAAAAUGGUUUGAGAAUUCUAUGGUAAUGUAUCAAUCAUAGUGAUGGGCAGCAGUGCCCUUGAAGAGCUCGUGGGCAUCGGUGCAUGGUGCGUACAAUGAGGGCUUUAUGGAAUUUAGAAAUUCGGAAAUCUGAAAAUAUAAAAAUUUGAAAAUUUAGAAAUAUUCUAAAUUUAGAAAUAUUUGAAAAUUUAGAAUAAAUAGUGGGCACAAUUGCCCAUCACUGAUGCAACUUCCUAAGCGAAAGAACUUACAGUUCUGUUAAUAAAAAAGUUUGUGAUCAGCACAAAAUUAUUUCGUCCGAGGAAAGACUUUUGCAUACGUUCCGCUCCAUUGUCGCUUGAAUUCUUGACCCAUUGUGGAGUGUCUCGACGUUAUUGUAUUUAAUAUCACUGUUGUGAAGAAAAAUGUAACAAUAUAGACUUAAUAUUAUUAAGUGGGAUCGCUGUCGAAUUAUCGUCUAACUCAAAAAUAAUCCAAACGAGUAUUCCGAACUCUAAAAGAAUUCAAAUAUUUACCUUCAUUUCUGUUCUUUUAUAAAUUAUGGUAUUAAAGAACAUUCUAAGGCGUUUCUUCCGUUAAAUUAAUUUAACAUAUAUCUUCCACGACUGGAAAAUCUCUCUGUAGUGAAAUUAAUUUGUAUCUCUGUUUUUGACCAAGUAAAUCAUUUAAAAAUUA